GGAAGCCACUGCUACCGUGCGGUGUUUAAAAGUCCCAAUACAGUUAUUUGUCGUUUCGCCGUUUUCAUGAAAAAUCACAAAGGAUGUUGAUAUAAUUAAAGAUCUGUGUUUAGUGAAGAUAUGGCAGAGGAAGCCAUACUAGCUCGUGUCAAGGCUUUGGGAGAAGAGGUGGAGAGAUUGAAAGAGCAACUGAAACCAGAGAAAUAUGGAGCUGGGGUUGGAGAGGGGGCCAAAACAUCACUCAAUCUCCAUUCAGAGCCCAUAGAAAGUCAGCAAGGUGAAGAAAGUAGAAGCAAAGGAAAGAAACGAGGGGCAAACAGGGCCUUUGAUUUCUUUGCCCACCCUCGCCGGCAUGUGGCCCUGCGGCUGGCAUAUCUCGGCUGGCAGUAUCAGGGCUUUGCUGUCCAGGAAAACACAGACAACACUGUGGAAGCCCGACUGUUUGAGGCACUGCUAAAAACUAAACUGAUACAAGACAGACAGACUUCCAACUAUCACCGCUGUGGCCGAACGGAUAAAGGUGUCAGUGCUUUCUCUCAGGUUAUAUCCAUUGACCUGCGUUCCUCACAGUUUGGAGGGGGUUUAGGUGUGACUGUGCCUCCUGGCGUGGAGGCCAAAGGCAAAGGUGUCUCUGAAGAAUUACCCUAUGUGAAGAUGCUAAACAGGGUCCUGCCUCAGGACAUUAGGAUACUGCAAUGGGCUCCUGUAGAGACUGGCUUCAGUGCGCGCUUUGACUGUCAGUCCAGAACCUACAGAUACUACUUUCCUUGUGGAGACCUGAAUGUGGAAGUCAUGGCUGAGGCCGCCAAACAGUAUGAGGGCACACAUGACUUCAGAAACUUGUGUAUGAUGGACGUGGGCAAUGGAGUCUUACAGUUUCAAAGAACCAUCCUGUCUGCCACCGUUCAGCCAGCCCAACUCAACCCCAUCUGCCCUAAUGACCCUCACCAGCUCUUUGUGUUCCAGGUCAAGGGUCUUGCUUUCCUAUAUCACCAGGUUCGCUGCAUGAUGGCUUUGCUGCUUCUUAUUGGACAGAAGCUUGAAGCUCCAGAAAUCAUUGAUCAACUGCUUGAUGUGGAGAAAAACCCAAGGAAACCUCAAUAUAGUAUGGCGGUGGAUUACCCUCUGGUGCUAUAUGACUGUCAUUUCGAGGGUGUGAACUGGAGGACUGAACCUGAGGAGGAGAGCCACGUUCUGAACUCUCUGCACCAACACUGGGUUCAGACCUCAGUCAAGACCCAAGUUCUGCUCGGCAUGAUUCAAGGCCUUCAGAACACAGCCACAGGUGAGACAUCGUCCUCUCUGCAAUGUUGGCUAAUGGAAGGUUCCAGACAGAAAAAGUACCAGCCACUUCUGGAGCGGCCGCGCUGUGAGAGUUUGGAGUCCAGGAUCCAGCACUUUGUGAAGAGAGGAAGACUGGAACAAGAGGAAGGAGAGAAUGGGGAGGAGACCACCGUGUUAAGGGGGAAACGAUCAAAACUUUCCCACCCGACAACAACAAACUAACUCCAAGUAGCAAAAACUGAGGAUUGCCCCUUACAAAACAUGCAAAAUUACAGUUAUGAACUUGAGUUUCUUCAGAUUUUACCUUAAAUAAUUAGAAAGUAUCAACAAAAAACUUCUUUGUUUACUUGUUCCUCAGCACCACAUUUACUUAAUUUUCUUAGCUGCUGAAGAAAUAUUUUAUUAAAAGAUUCCGUUCCAUUCAUGUGUGAAGUUUGGAAUUUUGGAAGACAAUGUUCCUCUACUAUACACAAACUAAAUUAGAGCAGAGAAACAUUAGUUGUGUCCGAAACUGAGUAAUUUUAGAGUAUGUACUGCAUUUGAUGAAGAACACACUUCUUUGCCGAAGAAAGUGUGUUUAAUAGGUAUGCAGGUGAGUAGUAUGAAUCCAUUCUGGACCUGUUUCAUCCAGGAAUAUAGACAUUGUCUCAUGACCUGAUUAUAUGACGUAGUAACAACUACCAUGAAAAUAAUCAGUUCCCGAGGCAUUAUGUAAAGUAAAGUGUCCAGUUGAUGCGCACUUUAGAAUCUCUCUGCAAAUAGGUCAAACAGGUAUUUCUCGCUUACUGUAUUAUGAAUACUGAGGACUCGUAAACCACAAUCCAUUGGCAUGUUGUUUUUUUGGCAUAGUUAUGCGUAUGCAAAGAAUAUGUGUUCAGACUCGGCUCUAGUGUGCUGAUGUAUUCUAAAAGUUUGCUGAUGACCAUUUAUACAACAUUUAAUUAAUGUUGACUUAAUUUCCUGACUUUAUUAAAACAGUCACAAGGAUUUAUUACUGUUUCAAGACUGAAACAAGACCUGUUGAAAUUUCUGCCAUCAUUAACUUACCCGCAUGUUGUUCAAAACCAAUGACCCUGUUUACACCUGAUAUUAAGAUGUGUCUCGGGUGAUCCGAUCAGAUGUGGUCAGACAAGAUGCAUCGCUGUUUACACAUGGUCUCUUAAAUGCGUCUCCUGUGACCACUUGCAUUCGGAUUUCAAGGGGAGAGUCUCUGAUUUUAUGACUAAAUACAUCAAUCACUUUGUCAUUGUUACCGCUUGAUAUUAAAGCACAAAGUCUGAAAAGACAAAUGAAGAGCAAAAAAAAAAUGGCACGAUGUUUCUCCCAGAUACAGCUUAAAUUUAAAAUAAGCACAAACACAACAUUUUAAGCAGAAUUAUCCAUUAUUUAGGAGGAUUUCCUGUUUUAAACUGAGCUCCAGAUGUUCGUGCUUUUCAUCUGUUUCAUCUGAUCACUAUUUUAAGAAUGUGAAAUGUCAGGAUAAUAGUGGAGAGAAUGAUUUAUUUCAGCUUUUAUUACUUUCAUCACAUUCCCAGUGGGUCAGAAGUUCACAUACAUUUUGUUAGUAUUUGGUAGUAUUGCCUUUAAAUUGUUUAACUUGGGUCACUUGUUUUGGGUAGCCUUCCACAAGCUUCUCACAAUAAGUUGCUGGAAUUUUGGCCCAUUCCUCCAGACAGAACUGGUGUAACUGAGUCAGGAUUGUAGGCCUCCUUGCUCGCACAUGCUUUUUCAGUUCUGCCCACAAAUUUUCUAUUGGAUUGAGGUCAGGGUUUUGUGAUGGCCACUCCAAUACCUUGACUUUGUUGUCCUUAAGCCAUUUUGCCACAACUUUGGAGGUAUGCUUGUGGUCAUUGUCCAUUUGGAAAACCCAUUUGCGACCGAGCUUUAACUUCCUACCUGAUGUCUUGAGAUGUUGCUUCAAUAUAUCCACAUAAAUUUCAUUCCUCAUGAUGCCAUCUAUUUUGUGAAGUGCACCAGUCCCUCCUGCUGCAAAGCACCCCCACAACAUGAUGCUGCCACCCCCAUGCUUCACGUUUGGGAUGGUGUUCUUUGGCUUGCAAGACUCACCCUUUUUCCACCAAACAUAACGAUGGUCGUUAUGGCCAAACGGUUACAUUUUUGUUUCAUUAGACAAGAGGACAUUUCUCCAAAAAGAUCCUGGAAUCUACGCCCUUGGUGAAACCAAAAUCCCAAUAAUAACCAGAAAAAACUGAAGAUUCAGUGCAUAACGCAGGACUUUUGACUAUGAACAAGCCAGCCCAAACGACAAAAGGACCUUUUAUUUUGAAAUGUCUGUGCUUCCAAACAAAUUAUGCACUCUUAUGAUCAACAAUGUAUUACAACAGAAAUACUAUGAAGUAAACAUUGUCAUAUGGGCUAAUAAAUACAGAAUAAGCAGUAAUUCAUUAACAGUAGAUCAUUAUUCAUCAAAAGUAGAUCAACAAUUGUAAAUUGUUCGGUAUUUUGGCAUUAUAAAAGAUUUUUGCCUUUCUCUAGCGACUCUGUCAGUCAACAUGAACUCAACCAUCAAU